AUGAACAAAGGAAAAUCAUCAACAGAUGUAUCUAUAGUUUCAAAAGAUGCAGAAGGCCGUCGACAUAUCAAUAUCCAACAGAUGCAAAAUGUUCUUCUAAUCUGGUUAGACAGUAACAUUGACGAAACAAAUGAUGAUUGUCAAAUUAAAAUCACAAAAUUACGACGUACUGUUAACGGCAUCAAGACAUACAGAAAUAGUGAUCAAUGCCUUCAAUUCAUUCAAACCAUCGUCGAUAACAAAGUAUGUAUGAUUAUAUCUGGAUCACUUGGACAACAUUUUGUGCCUUAUGUGCACAAUUUGUCUCAAGUUGAUUCGAUUUUUAUUUUUUGUGGCAAUGAAAAACAUCAUGAACAAUGGACCAAAGAUUGGCCCAAGAUAAAGGGUGUCUUCACAGAUAUUACACCUAUCUGUGAAGCACUUAAGGAAACUGCUCACCAAUGUGAGCAGAAUGCCAUUCCCAUGAGUUUUGUGGGGUCAAAUAAAAAGUUGGAUCAAUUAGAUCCUUCUUUUAUGUACACCCAAAUCAUCAAGGAAAUCUUAUUAACCAUUACAUUCAAACAAAACCAUAUCCAAGAUUACAUCGAUUACUGUCGAGAUGUAUUUGCUGGUAAUACAAAAGAAAUCGAAAAAAUUAAACAAUUGGAACGUGAAUAUCAUAACAAAACACCAAUUUAUUGGUAUACCUGCCAAGUUUUCUUGUAUCCCAUGCUCAAUCGUGCAUUAAGAUUGAUAGAUACUGAUAUCAUCGCACGUAUGGGCUUCUUUAUCAGUGAUUUACAUCGACAUAUUGAACAACUGCAUCAAGAACAAUAUGCUGGUACAACUACUGCUGGCACCUUCACUGUUUACCGUGGCCAAGGUUUAUCUACACAAAAUUUCGAAGAAAUCACGCAAAAUAAAGGAGGUCUUGUUUCAUUCAAUAAUUUCUUAUCUACUAGUAAAAAUCGUGAGGUCUCCUAUGCUUUUGCUGAAAGCAGUCAGGCCAAUUUGGAUUUAUUUGGAAUACUUUUCGUUAUGAAAGUAGAUCCAUCUCAAUCAACAACACCAUUUGCUUCCAUUACUGGUAUUAGUGGCUUUCCAGGAGAAGAGGAAGUCUUGUUUUCGAUGCAUAGCGUUUUUCGUAUACAAGAUAUUAAACAGCUGGAUGGAAAUAAUCAUUUAUAUGAAGUUAAUUUGAUACUUACUGCUGCAAACGAUCCAGAAUUAAACAAACUUACUGAUUACAUUCGACAACAGAGUUCUCCAGAUGAAGAAGGAUGGUACAGAUUGGGUUUAGCACUAUUAAAAAUGAAUCAAUUUGACAAAGCUGAAGAUAUAUAUCACGUUUUACUAGAUCAAAGAACGGAUGAUAAAAAUAAGGCAGCUAUUUAUCAUCAACUUGGUUUGAUCAAAACUGCGCAAGGACAAUAUCAAGAGGCCAUUACAUUCUAUGAAAAAUCGCUCACUAUAAGGCAAACAACUCUUAGUCCCAAUCAUCCUGAUUGGGCUUCUUCCUCCAACAGCAUUGGUUUAGUGCAUGCCAAUAUGAGUGAUUAUCCAAAAGCACUCUCAUAUUAUGAAAAAGCUCUUGAAAUUCAACAACAAUCACUUGCUCCUAAUCAUCCUGAUCUGGCUGAGUCCUGUAACAACAUUGGUAAUGCGCAUAGUAAGAUGGGUGAUUAUCCAGAAGCACUUUCAUAUCAUCAGAAAGCUCUUGAAAUUCAACAACAAUCACUUCCUCCCAAUCAUCCUGAGUUGGCUUUUUCCUACAACAACAUUGGUUUAGUACAUGCUGAAAUGGGUAAUUAUUCAAAAGCACUUUUAUCUCAUGAAAAAUCACUUGAAAUUCGACAAAAAUCACUUGCUUCCAACCGCCCAAAUUUGGCUACUUCCUACAACAACAUCGGCUUAAUGCAUAACUACAUGGGUAAUUAUCCGAAAGCACUUUCAUCUCAUGAAAAAGCUCUUGAAAUCAUACAACAAUCACUUCCCCCCAAUCAUCCUGAGUUUGCUCAUUCCUACAACGACAUUGGUAAUGUGCAUCAUAGCAUGGGUAAUUAUUCGAUAGCACUUUUAUCUCAUGAAAAAGCCCUUGAAAUUCGGCAACAAUCACUUACUCCUAACUAUCCCGAUUUGGCUCAUUCCUACAACAAUAUUGGUAACGCCCAUCACAAGAUGGGUAAUUAUCCAGAAGCACUAUCAUCUCAUGAAAAAGCCCUUGAAAUUCGACAACAAUCACUUCCUUCCAAUCAUCCUGAUAUGGCCAUGUCCUACAACAACAUUGGUAAUGUGUAUUUCAGCAUGGGCAAUUAUCCAAAAGCACUUUCUUAUCAUGAAAAAACUCUUGAAAUCAUACAACAAUCACUUCCUUCCAAUCAUCCUAAGUUGGCGUGUUCCUAUAACAACAUUGGUAUAGCGCAUGCCAAGAUGGGUGAUUAUCCGAAAGCACUUUCUUAUCAUGAGAAAACUCUUGAAAUUAUACAACAAUCACUUCCUUCCAAUCAUCCUGAUUUGGCUAAUUCCUACAAUAACAUUGGCGAAGUGCAUGAGAGCAUGAGUAAUUAUCCAGAAGCACUUUCAUAUCAUCAGAAAGCUCUUGGAAUUCGACAACAAUCACUUCCUCCCAGUCAUCCCGACUUGGCUGAGUCUUACAACAACAUCGGCUUAGUAUAUGCCAAAAUGGGUAAUUAUCCUGAAGCGCACUCAUUUCACGAAAAAGCCCUUGAAAUUCGGCAACAAUCACUUCCUCCCAAUCAUUCUGAUUUGGCUGAGUCCUGCAACAACAUUGGUUUAGUGCAUGCCAAAAUGGGUAAUUGCUCAAAAGCCCGUACAUUUUAUGAACAUGCUAUACAGAUUGCUGAACGAUCAUUACCUUCGAAUCAUCCUGAUCUUCAAAUGUAUAGAAAUAACCUCGAACGUAUAAAAAACAAAUAA